GCCCGGCGAGGCGCACCUCUGUGGUCCAAGUGACUGCUCCGGGGCUGCUGGGCCACGAGGCAGGGAGACGCGAGGGCAGGAGCCAGGGCCGGGCAGCAGCAUCGGGGGCCCAGACGGCGCAGCUCAGCUGCAGGUCGAUCUCGGAAUGGGCAGGGGCGCGGGAAGUGUUCGCAGUGGAGUCCGCCGGGCACCUCUCCGCCUGUGCCCAUCAGACGCGGGAGGCGAGGGUUCCUCGGAGGGGAGGCAGGGCAGGGGACGUCUACGUGGGAGAGGGAGAGCCCCAUCCCCUGCCCUGCACUCCACCCCACUCAGGAAAAGGCUCCUAUCGCGCGUCCGUGGCCCGUCCGGGAAGGGUCCGUGGGAGCAGGCUGGAGGGCAAGACUGCUUCUCCCCAGGCCCGGGUCUGGCAGGACUAACCCACAGCCAGAGCCUAGGGCAACACUAGCUCCCCUGAUAUUGGCCAGACCCCUGCUACUUGACACCCUGCUACUUGACUCAGAGGUGGGAGUGCAGGCACACAGUAGGUCUGCAAGCUUGCCUGACACAGCCUCGGUGGCUUCAGACCCAGGGCCCUGGGGAGCAGGGGUGUCCACGCCAGGUGGGCAGGACCCUGAUGUGGGCUGGGCACCCCAUGACCCCGCUCCAUGCACUUGCCCUGCAUUGCAGCCACCAUGGAGCCAGGCAGCGUGGAGAACCUGUGUGUCGUGUACCGGAGCCGUGACUUCCUGGUGGUGAACAAGCACUGGGAUGUGCGCAUCGACAGCAAGUCCUGGUGGGAGACGCUGACCCUCCAGAAGCAGCUGCGGCACCGCUUCCCAGAGCUGGCCGACCCUGACACCUGCUACGGGUUCAGGUUCUGCCACCAACUGGACUUCUCCACCAGCGGGGCACUCUGUGUGGCCCUGAACAAGGCAGCCGCAGGCAGUGCCUACAGGUGCUUCAAGGACCGGAGAGUCACCAAGGCUUAUCUGGCUCUGGUGCGGGGGCACGUCCAGGAGAGCCGAAUGACCAUCAGCUAUGCUAUUGGCAAGAACAGCACAGAAGGCCGGACCCACACCAUGUGCAUUGAGGGCACACAGGGCUGUGAGAACCCAAAACCAAGCCUCACUGAGCUGGUGGUCCUGGAACACGGACUGUAUGCAGGUGAUCCUGUCUCCAAAGUGCUGUUGCAGCCUCUCACGGGACGGACGCACCAGCUGCGCGUGCACUGCAGCGCCCUGGGCCACCCCAUCGUGGGGGACCAGACCUAUGGCCAGGCCUCGAACCAGGAGGACCAGCCCUUCCGCAUGAUGCUCCACGCCUUCUACCUGCGCAUCCCCACAUGCACCGAGUGCGUGGAGGCCUGCACGCCCGAUCCCUUCGUGCCCACCCUCGAUGCCUGCUGGAGCCCCCACACCCUGGUGCAGCCACUGGACGAGCUCGUCCAGGUCCUGCGGGCUGCCCCAGACCCUGACCCCACAGAAGGGGGCCCCAGGCCCUGCAGCCCCUCCACGCCCCUGCCCGGGCCGGGCCGGCCCCCACCGCCCCCUGCCAAGCUCCCUGAGACAGAAGCACAGCGGGCCUCCUGCCUGAAGUGGCUGUCGGAGUGGACGCUGGAGCCGGACAACUGAGAGCAUCGUGCUGGGGUGGGGAUGGCAGGCUGGGACUCCAACGGUUGGGGGCUGCAGGUCAGAGUCCUGGACACAUCCCUGCAAUGGCCAGGCCUGGCCAGCAGGGGGAGCCAGGCAGCUGCAAUUCCAGAGGAUUAAGCUCUUGGGCUGUGGGACCCACAUGGGCCUCCCUCCCAACACCCCAACCCCCACAAACUGCCCCAGAGCACCUCCCUGGUUCUAGAGCCUCAGCCCCAGGAACUUAUUUGUAGACUUGAUCGGGGUCACUCUGGAAGAGGCAGAGCCAGGACCUGGGCCACCCUCAAGGUGGGCUCCUCCUGGGCCCCCAGCCAACACCCCAGAGCACCAUGCUCCAUGCUGCUUUGCUUGGACCCUCUGUGGCCAUCACCCCAGCCUGGCUGGGUUCUCCAUCUGCAGACCUCAACCCUCCUUGCUAGGCCCGUCUGACCUUGUGCCUUUGCUUCUGCUAGACUCUGCCCCCUCCACCUGCAUCCUGAGCGUCUCACAUGGAGGUGGGUGUGGGCCACACUCCUCAGCCCCCACCUCACGUGCCAUCCCUCCAGGCCUGCCCUGAGCGCUGCUCCAUGGGGUCUUCCGGGCCCCUAAUUGCGGCUGCUGCCUCCAUCACCUGCCUGGCAAUUUCCAGGCAGGACCUCAGCCUGAGAGCAAGGGCAGCCCACCAGCCCCCCCCCCUCCAUCCCCACAACACGGCCACGCCUCCCCAGCCAUAGCUGAGCUCUGAGAACUGGGAAUAAACGCUCAAUGACUGA